AGUAGUUGGGAUUCUUGAGAGUAAGAAGUGCACAUUUCCAUCGAAGAGAAGUGAUGGAAUGUGUUGUUGCUGGUUUUGUUGCAGAGAAAGUAUUAGGGGAGUUGUUAAAAUCUGUGAAGGAAGCGAUGAGGAAAAAGAAAAAGUUAGAAACUACCUUGAAGAGCAUCGAAUCCACACUCAACUCUAUAAUUCCAGUCGUUGAAAGCAUAAAUGAGUUAAACGAAAAAUUAGAUCGUGAAGAUGAGGACAUAGGGAGAUUGUGGAAACAAAUAAAAGAAGGGCAGGAACUUGUUAGCAAAUGCUCAAAAGGAAAUUGCUGUGGUUCUUGCUUUAAACAGUCUAAUUGCACUGAGGAACUUAGAGAUUUCGAUCAUUCACUUAAAAGUUUCUAUGAUUUUGUUUUACCAUUGAAAGGAACAAAGAUUCUUAUUGAUACUAGGGAAGAUGUCAACGAAAUCAAGGAAAAGGUGAGAGACAUCCGUGAGGGAGUGAGAGACAUCCACGACAAUGUGAAGCAGGUGAAGGAGAUUCAUCGGGAUGUGAAAGAUAUUUAUACCAAUGUGGAAGGCGUAGGUGAGAGGGUCAAAGUUAUUCACGAUGAGGUGCAAGAAGUGAAAGAAGUUCGUGAAGAGGUGAAAGUAACUCACGUUGGUGUGAAAGACAUCCAAGUGCAAGUCAAAGAAAUUCAUGAGGAGGUGAAAGAUAUGCGUAAGGAUCUUCGUUCAAAUAUUCAAACAGAAAAGGCAGCCAGUCCUAUGUCAAAUAGCAAUGUACCUUUGUGGCCUUUUACGCCUCCAGAGCCACCACAGAUUACUGUUGGAUUGGACAAGCCAACGAAAGAUUUAAAGAAUGAAUUAUUCAAGGAUGGAAUGUCCACGGUUGUAUUAACAGCUCCUGGUGGAUGUGGAAAGACCACAUUGGCUAAAAAACUUUGUCAUGAUGAAGCUAUUAAAGAAAAAUUUAAAGAUAAUAUCUUCUUCAUCACUGUCUCAAAAUCACCCGAUCUGAAGGUCAUUAUACAGCAGCUAUUUCGGCAUAAGGGUCAUUCGGUCCAUGAGUUUCGAACUGAUGAAGAAGCAGUAAACUGCUUGGAGCAAUUGCUGAAGCAAAUAGGAACAAAGCCUAUAUUAUUGGUCCUCGAUGAUGUUUGGUCGGGAUCAGAGAGCCUUCUGGAAAGGUUCAAGUUCCAAAUACCAGGAUACAAGAUUUUGUUGACAUCAAGAUCUUCACUCGGUGGAUUUGGUUCGAAAUAUAAAUUGGAUACGUUGAAUUAUGAAGACUCCCUGAGUCUAUUUAGACAGUCAGCGGAGCUACGGAAUAGCACCUCUAACAAUGUAGAAGAUGAUGUUUUGAAGAAGAUAGUGAGCUUUUGCAAGGGAUUUCCACUAGCUCUUUCAGUCGUAGGCCGUUCACUCCGCCAACAACGACCAGAGAUAUGGAGAAAUAAAGUGAAGCAAUGGUCAAAAGCUGGGGCUUUUUUUGAAUCCAAUAAUGAUCUGUUUACUUGUCUAAAGAGUAGCUUAGAUGCGUUGGAUAAUAAGCUGAAGGAAUGUUACAUUGACUUGGGAGCAUUUCCUGAAGGUCAACUGAUAUCUGCCAGUGCCAUCAUUGACAUGUGGGAGGAGUUGUAUGAAAUGAAUGGAGAUGGUCUGAACUCCAUAUCAAACCUCCAUGAACUAUCCUCCUUGAAUCUCAUUGAUCUGGUAGAUACAAGGAGGGAUGGAAGUGAAAGAGAGAACUAUAAUGAAACCUUUGUCACACAGCAUGACCUUCUUAGGGAUCUGGUCAACCAUGUUAGCGGAUUGGCUGGUUCAGAACAGGGGAGGAAAAACCUAGUUGUGGACAUAAAUGGAAAUGAAUUUCGGGGCUGGUGGAAGAAUCAAACAAUCAGCGCCCAUGUCUUGUCGAUCUCCACAGAUGAAACUUUCUUGUCAAAUUGGCCCAACAUUCAAGCUCCUGAAGUUGGGGUUCUAGUUCUCAAUUUUCGUACGAAGAAGUACACAUUACCCAAGUUCAUCAAGAGCAUGGAUAAACUAAAGACUUUGAUCCUCACAAAUUAUGGUUUUUUCUCAGCUGAAAUAAGUAACUUUAUAGUUCUUGGAAACCUGUCCAAUCUAAAGAGGAUCAGGUUGGAGCAGGUUUUGAUUCCUUCCCUUACCAUUAACUGUGUGCAGUUAGAAAAUCUGCAGAAAAUAUCGUUGAUCGGGUGUAAUAUUGGUCCGGCCUCCGGUGACAAAGCUAUCCGGAUUUCAGAUGCACUGCCGAAACUAGUGGAGAUCAACAUUGGCUACUGCAAUAGUCUGAAUGAAUUGCCUGUUGGACUCUGUGAUAUUGUCUCCCUAAAGAAACUUCGCAUCACCUACUGUCCAGGCCUGUCAAUAUUGCCUCGAGAAAUCGGAAAGAUGGUGAAUUUGCAAGUCUUGAUGCUUAGCUCCUGCAGAAAUUUGUCAGAUUUGCCAGACACUAUUGGAAGCCUCCAUAAACUGAGCAUUCUUGACAUAUCAGACUGUAUUAGCAUUAAGAAUUUGCCAGAACAGAUUGGCGAGCUGCAGAGUCUAAAAAAGCUUUACAUGACAGGAUGCUCAAAUUGCAGGUUACCUAACUCAGUCACCACUCUUCAUAGUUUGAAGUCCGUGAUCUGCGAUGAAGAAACAGAGAAAUCAUGGAAACCUUUCAAGCGCGACCUCCCAAACGUGACUAUCAUUUACUGGGUCUAAAUGUAUGAUAAGAGUUAAGAAAUACAAUUGCCAUGAUUUUCAUGUACAUUAAUGAAUCACUUGUAUAUAAAUAUCUUCCA